CUAGGCAACGCCGAGCUUAGAGUUAUCACAACAUUGCCCUUUUGAAAAACGUUACACCCGUAACAGUUGUCGAUUUUUAUUACGGAACUAACUGCACUCUCUGGCUACCUUUACGUGUUUUCUUUGAAUCCGUAAACAAAGUUGAAGACCUUCUUCUCAACUAUUUUGCACGGAACCCUGCUCAAGUUUGAAUGCGUCAAUCUCGCUCGGCGACUCUAAAAUUUUAUUUGUUUAUCUAACUCUACCGAACUAAAACAAAAAGAUGAUGGUGGACAGAGCCCCCAAUGACCGCCAAAUCAACAAGCUUCCUCCGCCCUACUUGAAAUCGAGUACACCUUACGCAGGUUCGGACUUCCGUCCGGAGGUCAAGUCAGCGUGCAUUUCCAAUCGAUUGAUAUCAGCGGGUUUGAAAAUAUCGAAAGUCAUUAUUCUGGGAAACGUUGCGGUGGGCAAGUCUUGCCUUGUUAAUCGAUUUUGCCAUAGCGUCUUUGAUCAGAAUUACAAGGCAACCAUAGGUGUCGAUUUUGAAGUUGAAAGAUUCGAUAUUCUCCAAGUGCCUUUCAAUUUGCAAAUAUGGGAUACCGCUGGGCAGGAGAGAUUUAAGUGCAUUGCCUCGUCUUAUUAUCGUGGCGCUCAUGCGGUUGUUGUUGCGUUUGAUUUGACGAAUCUCUAUUCAUUGUCCUCUUGUCCUGCUUGGUUGGAAGAUGCGUUGAAGGCUAAUACUGUUCGACCUCUCGUGUUUUUGGUUGGUACCAAAAGAGAUUUAUUGUCAGAAGCUGCCUACAAACAUGUCGAAGAUCAAGCGACACGCAUGGCCCGUGCUCUACAAGCCGAAUAUUGGUGCGUUUCAUCUAAAUGCGGAUUGAACGUUGAUACAUUUUUCCAGCGUAUUGCGGCUUUAACUUUUAAUGUGUCUGUAACACAAGAAUGCCGCGAAAUUGAUUCGUCAAAAGAAAUUGGUAACGGUCUUGUUACUCUGAAGAAAACUGAAAACCCCAUAGGCGGUAUGGAGAAAAGAAAGCGGUUGAAAAAUGAUUGUUGCAAUAGUUAAAUCGUUCAAAUAUGGAUACAGAACAACGAAACAAAUUGCAAAUUGACGAAAAUGCAUCACGAGGAAUGCAAAUGCUAUGUUUUUUUUAUCAGAUGCGCUGUAAGAGAAAUAAUAAAGACGAAUAGUUGUGCAUUUUCUUGAA